ACAGAACAACUGAAAACCCGAGCAACCAGAGAAAGAAACUGCUCUGGGUCUCUGUCUUGAUUUGAUUCCUUCAAUUUCUCUUUGGGGUUAUUACAAGAUAAAAAAACCAAAAUUCCAAGUAAGAAAAUUACUAGGAAAGGUUGAAAGCUGAACCUUUUUUAAUUUUACAUAUCAUGAGAGCAGUCCAUCUUUUCUGCCUUAUAAAAGGGUGUGAGGAAUGAAUGGUUUCAUUUGAAAAACACAAACUUCUCUUCAUUCACGUGCCUCUCCUUUUCCUUUUCCUUGUUCUCUUCUCUUAACGUUUUUUUUCUCUUCUCUCCUCUGUUUGUUUCCCGAGAAAAACGUAAAUUUUUCUCAUUUGGAGGCCUUUUUCAGGCGGUGGUUGGUGUAGUUUUGUGGGUUGUCUCUAUUUAAAGAACCCUCACACACUCACUUUUGAUCCAAAGUAUUGAUUUUGAUACAAAAGUUUUUAAGUUUUAGAGAAGAAUGGAAGGGAAUAAGCAAAAGGGUACUUCUUCUUCAUUCACCUCUGAGCUCUUUGGGUCCAAAGAGUCUCGUCCCUCUUCUUCUUCUGGGAUUUUUGGCUCCAUUUUUUCUCCUCCAUCGUCUAAGGUGUUAGGGAGAGAGUCUCUGCGCUCUGAAUUGAGUGGCAAAAUUGCCAAUGAAACCUGGAGCUCCAAAAUUUGUAUUCAAGAUAACUUCUCCAAGGGUAAUGGUAGCGAGGCUCAGAAUGCUGUGAACAAGGAUAUGAGUUCCAUCUAUCAGGAUCAAAGAGUCCAACCAUGUCACCUUAGUUCAUCAAUUUAUUAUGGUGGUCAGGACAUCUAUUCUAGUCCUCAGAGUACACAGAAUGAGGGAUUCAACUCUAUGCAGCACAGGAAUGUUGAUGGAGAAGAUGGUUCAGAAUUUGCUUCAAGAGGAGACUGGUGGCAAGGGGGUCUCUAUUAUUAAGAUCACUCUUGUCAAGGCAUGUGCUUCUCAAGGUACAUAGCAAGGUAGUUUAGCAGUAUAGUCCAUCUUUUGUUAUAUGGAAGAACUAUACAGUAAUCAAAAGGGUUGUGGACAGCAAGUUGCUUUCUCUGGCUUUGACAGAAUCAUGAUAUGAUGAAACUAUAAUCAUUUGCGUUUCUUUUUUAUUUUAUUGUAAAGGAUAUUAUCCUCACCUUAUUGCAAAAGUUAUAUAGGAAUUCUAUGCAUUAUCAGCUAAUCUUGUGUGGCUGAACCUUUGCAAUUAUUUACUUUAAUGGAAGAAACUCUCUUUACUUGUUUCACCUCUAUCUUAGUACUUCAGCUAUGCAAUUAUUCACUUUAAUGGAAGAAAUUAUCUUUA